UACACUUCAACGACGCCGUCUCCGAGAUACGAAGGCGUGCUGGUUCACUACUCCCUCUCUCUCUCUCUCUCUCUCUCUCUCACUGGGUGCAAAAAUGGUGGCUUCAGCUCUCUCCGUGCAAUUAAGCUUCUCAAUCGCUUAUCGCAACAGAACCUCUUCCAUUCCAUUAUGUUCUCGCAGAAACUCAACAAGUUCGAUAGUAUCUGCCUUGCCAAGUCCGUACGGAGAUUCUUUAAGACUUGGUUUAUCCAGUAAAACUAUUGGGUUACCUCGAAAGCGUGAAGAAGACUUUCAUGAUACCAGUACAAGUUAUGAAGCAAUAGAAGCCAGAAAGGGUGGGAAUCCACCCGUAAUGCCAGCUGUAAUGACCCCAGGAGGGCCUUUGGAUCUCUCAUUGGUGUUAUUCAGGAAUCGCAUAAUCUUCCUUGGACAGCCAAUCAACUCACAGGUGGCUCAGCGAGUUAUAUCACAGCUUGUGACUCUGGCAACUAUUGAUGAGAAUGCAGAUAUUCUGGUGUAUUUGAACUGCCCUGGUGGAAGUACGUAUUCCGUUCUGGCAAUUUAUGAUUGCAUGUCUUGGAUAAAGCCUAAGGUUGGCACAGUAUGUUUUGGAGUAGCGGCAAGCCAAGGUGCACUUCUUCUUGCUGGUGGAGAAAAGGGAAUGCGCUAUGCAAUGCCAAAUGCACGCAUUAUGAUACAUCAACCACAGAGUGGAUGUGGGGGUCAUGUGGAAGAUGUGAGGCGCCAAGUGAACGAAGCAGUUCAAUCUCGCCAUAAAAUUGACAAAAUGUAUGCUGCUUUUACUGGCCAACCUCUAGAGAAAGUGCAACAAUACACUGAAAGGGAUCGUUUCCUGUCUGUUUCUGAGGCUAUGGAGUUUGGACUUAUCGAUGGCGUGUUAGAAACGGAAUAUUGAAUUCAUGAUUUUCUACCAAACCAUCUUAUGCACAUCAUGCUGCAAUUUGUUCACAAACUGAUAGACCCGAGUUGUCUUCAAUGAUAUAUGUCAAGCAGUGCUUAUACUUAUUUUGAGAGACUACCUGUUCUGGGUUCAUUCCA